AUGCCUUACCUUCCAUUUACUCUGUUUUUAUCGACAUCUCAAUUUAAUAAUUUCUUCCCUAGUUACUUAAUCAUACUCGAUUUUGUACGAGCCUCUAUUCACUCUGGAUCCGAUGUUGCCAACUUCGAUUCAAUUGUGUGGCCUUCUCACCAUGCAGACAUCGCUUCACCUCAGCCAAAUUGCUCGGCUCAUCGCCUCCAAGACAUUCGGUAUGACCCAACUGCCCUUCACAAUGGCUCAGAUGCUGAAAUGGCUCGUAGGGGGUGCUUAAUGUCUAGCACCCGACACCAUCGCAAUCACCGUCUGCGUCUCCUUCUUCAACAGCUUCACAGUCGCCACAAGCAAGGGCGAGACCUACGGAAGAGUUUUAAUCUGAAUUGGCUGGCUUCGAAGCGCCUUCUAUGUCUCCCAGGCUCUACACAAUCGAUUCAUUUUAGAUGCAUAGGAUUGGAAGAAAAUGUAAAAAAAGAGCUGCAAUUAGGUGGAAAUAAGCUUUGUAACGAGAAGGAGCAAGAACUUGGAGGCACAACUAAGCUGGUUAAGCUCCAGAAGGCAUUACUACCAGCACUUGCUAGACGCUGGCAGACCGAACGACGGAAGCGACUACUGAGCGGCAUUCCAUACUGUCUCAAACGGCAAAUAGGCAGGUAUAGACGACCUUCGCCAAUAGUGAGACUCCCUGAGAUGCUGCCUGCUCCAAACUCGGCUCUUUUCCCAAGACGCCUCGCAAUAAAACACAUAGCUUCAAAUCAUGCUACUCCUCCUUUGCUGGAUGUUGGAUUUCCCUCA